AUGUCUGACAAGGCACCUUCGCGUGUAUUAUUUGUAGGAAACAUUCCAUAUGAAUUGACCGAUGAACAGGUUUACGAUAUUAUGAAGUCUAUGGGCCCGGUGUCUAAGUUCCGUUUAGUACACGACCAGAAGAACAAUAACCGUUCCAAGGGCUACUGUUUUGUCGAGUUUGCCACGCUCGACGUGGCGGUUGCUGCAUGCCAGGCCUUUAAGACGCUCCAAAUUGGAACACGAACGCUGCGCGCAGAUUUUACAAAAGAAUUCACAGGUGUUUCAGUCAUCCCUGGCGCGCCACCAGUGCCUUCAGGAUAUCAACAACAGCAUCACCAACAUCAACAUCAACAUCAACAUCAACAUCAACAGUUCCAACAGUAUCAACAGCAUCAACAUCAACAGCAGCAGCAACAACAACAAGGAUUUGGACAGAAGAAAGAACGAUGGCUGAAAAAACCAAUGGGAUUUAAUGACCAUCAACAGUCUCCACCGCCAACACGAAUAAACUUAGACGCUGACGACUCUAUUUCCAAGAUUUUAAGUCAGGUUAACCCACAACAACUUACUGAGUUUUUUCAAACUAUCCCAGGACUUGUGAAAUCGAAUCCAGAACAGGUCGCCAUGAUUUUACAGUCCCAGCAGGCGUUAGCUUAUGCUUCUUUACAAGCUCUAUUACUUAUGGGUCUCACAGACGAAUCUGUUCUGAGUGCAGUCGCACCUGAUCUCAAUAUGUCUCUUCAGGAAAUUAUUGCGCGUGUACGCAAAAAUGGACAACCAAGUGAGGGGCAAGCCAAUGGUGGACCAAAUGAACGAAAUGAUCGCUCAGAUAGAUCUACCGACAGAGGACGUUCUACGCAAGAUCCACGCCAGAACAGACGUAAUGGGAACUCAAAUACCAUUAACAAUAUGAAUAAUAGACGGGACCCUCGAAAACAAGGACAACAACAGCAACAGAUGAACAAACCACAAAUACAGCAACAGGCGCUUGCUGCACCGCCUAUGCAACAAGCUCCUAGGGGCGGGCCCCCGGGGUUAGAUGCGAAUAAUGCGGCUCUCUUGUCGCAGGUAAUGCAACUGACUGAUGAACAGAUCCGGUCGUUGCCAGAAGACCAGCGAAAUAUGAUUCGUAUGUUGAAGGCCAACUACCAGGGAUGA